AUGGCCGGAGCGGCGGCGGCGGUGGCCGCGGGAGCAGCAGCUGGAGCCGCCGCGGCAGCCGUGUCGGUAGCGGCUCCGGGUCGGGCCUCGGCGCCCCCGCCGCCCCCGCCGGUAUACUGUGUGUGCCGGCAACCGUACGACGUGAACCGCUUCAUGAUCGAGUGCGAUAUCUGCAAGGACUGGUUCCACGGCAGCUGUGUUGGAGUAGAAGAACAUCAUGCUGUGGACAUUGACCUGUAUCACUGUCCCAACUGUGCAGUUCUCCAUGGUUCCUCCUUGAUGAAAAAGAGGAGGAACUGGCACAGGCACGACUACACAGAAAUUGAUGAUGGUUCCAAACCAGUGCAGGCUGGAACUAGAACUUUUGUGAAGGAAUUACGUUCUCGAGUCUUCCCAAGUGCCGAUGAAAUCGUUGUAAAGAUGCAUGGCAGCCAGCUGACACAAAGAUACCUGGAGAAACAUGGAUUUGAAGUCCCUAUUAUGGUCCCCAAAUUAGAUGAUCUAGGACUCAGGCUCCCUCCACCUACUUUUUCUGUUAUGGAUGUGGAACGUUAUGUAGGUGGUGACAAAGUGAUAGAUGUCAUUGAUGUGGCAAGGCAGGCAGACAGCAAAAUGACACUUCACAAUUAUGUUAAAUACUUCAUGAAUCCUAACAGACCAAAAGUGUUAAAUGUGAUCAGCCUUGAAUUUUCAGAUACAAAGAUGUCUGAAUUGGUGGAGGUUCCUGAUAUAGCCAGAAAACUUUCCUGGGUGGAAAAUUAUUGGCCUGAUGAUUCAGUCUUUCCCAAGCCAUUUGUUCAGAAAUACUGCUUAAUGGGAGUUCAAGACAGCUACACAGAUUUCCACAUUGACUUUGGUGGGACUUCAGUUUGGUACCAUGUCCUCUGGGGCGAGAAGGUUUUUUAUUUGAUAAAGCCAACAGAUGACAAUUUGGCACUCUAUGAAUCUUGGAGUUCAUCUGUGACCCAGAGUGAAGUGUUCUUUGGAGAUAAGGUGGAUAAAUGCUACAAAUGUGUGGUAAAGCAGGGACAUACCUUAUUUGUUCCUACAGGGUGGAUUCAUGCUGUGCUCACUUCUCAGGACUGUAUGGCUUUUGGGGGGAACUUUCUGCACAACCUGAACAUUGGCAUGCAGCUCAGGUGUUAUGAGAUGGAAAAAAGGCUAAAAACACCAGAUCUUUUCAAAUUCCCUUUCUUUGAAGCCAUAUGUUGGUUUGUAGCCAAAAACUUGCUGGAGACCCUAAAAGAACUGAGAGAAGAUGGUUUCCAGCCUCAGACUUACCUAGUACAGGGAGUGAAAGCGCUGCAUACUGCUUUAAAAUUAUGGAUGAAAAAAGAACUUGUAUCUGAACAUGCCUUUGAAAUUCCAGACAAUGUUAGACCUGGACAUCUUAUUAAAGAACUUUCUAAAGUAAUUCGAGCAAUAGAGGAAGAAAAUGGCAAACCAGUUAAAUCUCAGGGAAUUCCUACUGUAUGUCCAGUUUCACGAUCCUCAAAUGAAGCAGCUUCCCCAUACCAUUCCCGACGAAGGAUGCGGAAACUUCGAGAUCAUAAUGUCCGAACUCCUUCUAACCUAGACAUCCUGGAGCUCCACACGAGGGAGGUGCUCAGAAGACUGGAGAUGUGUCCCUGGGAAGAGGACACUUUGAGCUCUAAACUGAAUGGAAAAUUCAACAAACAUCUCCAGCCAUCUUCCACGGUACCUGAAUGGAGAGCGAAAGAUAAUGAUCUCCGAUUACUGCUGACAAAUGGAAGGAUAAUUAAGGAUGAGAGACAACCCUUUACGGAUCAGAGUCUUUAUACAGCAGACAGUGAAAAUGAAGAGGAUAAGAGAAGGACAAAAAAGGCAAAAGUGAAGAUGGAAGAGAGCUCAGGAAUAGAGGGGGUGGAGAAUGAAGCGUCUCAGAAACCACGUAACAGGUUUUUAACAAGUGUGAAAUCAGAACUCAGGAAUCGAUCAUCAGAAUAUUCUGAUAUUUCUGAUUCAGAAGACUCUGGACCUGAUUGCACCGCACUGAAAAAUAAUUUUACCACUGAAGAGUCUGAAAGUUCAGGUGAUGAAAAGAAACAAGAAAUUACAUCAAACUUUAAGGAAGAAUCUAAUUUGAUGAGGAGCUUCCUUCAAAAGAGCCAGAAGCCAUCUAGAAGCGAAAUUCCAGUUAAAAGGGAGUGUCCUACCUCGACGAGCACAGAGGAAGAAGCUAUUCAGGGCAUGCUGUCUAUGGCAGGGUUGCACUAUUCCACGUGUUUACAAAGGCAGAUACAAAGCACAGACUGCAGUGGUGAAAGACGCUCUCUCCAGGAUCCCAGCAGCUGCCACAGCAGUAACCAUGAGGUUAGGCAGCUGUAUCGCUGUGAUAAGCCAGUGGAAAGUGGGUAUCAUGUCAAGACUGAAGAUCAAGACUUGAGGAGUUCUUCCUGGAUUAAACAAUUUGAUACAACUUCCAGAUUUAAUCGUCAGGAUCUAAGUAGAGGCCAGAAAUGCAUCAGAAAGGAAGUUUCAUCAGAAAUCAGUCAGAAGGUACACAGUAGGAAUUCUGUGGACAGCAGUGGCUCAGGCCCUCAGAACGGAAAGUAUACGCAGAGUUCAAGCUUGAUGUCAGGGCCGUGCCAGAUAAGCAAUGGCAGUGUAAGCCCAGAAAGGCCCGUUGGUGAAGCUUCCUUUUCAGUGCCCCUUCACCCCACCAAGAGACCUGCAUCAAAUCCACCACCUAUCAGCAACCAGGCAACAAAAGGUAAACGUCCAAAAAAAGGAAUGGCAACAGCCAAACAACGUCUUGGGAAGAUCCUUAAAUUGAACAGAAAUGGCCACGCACGUUUCUUUGUGUGACGGAGCUGCGGUUGUGGUCACUCUUCCUUUCGGAGACCGGUCUCGGGGUACGGGGUACGGGAGCCUGGAGCUCCCGCGCGCCCCCGCUGAAGCAGUUUGCAUGUACCGUAGGGAGCACUGCCUGAAGAACAAAAUGAACCUGAUGCUGCAUUUUCACUGUGCCACACCCACUCAGCAAUAACCAUUUUGGACCUGGUGGGGAGAGGAAGAAGGAGGGUAGAACCUUAAAAAGAGACCUUGAACUGGAAAGGGUCUCUUGUCAGGGCUUGAAUUUCAUUUUGUUGUUGGUAGUGUUUUGAUUUAUUUUCAGUGGUAGGGUAAAGAAUUAUCAAUAAUUUAUUUAACAGAUGUUUUUUUUUUAAAGUUAACAGCUUUUAAAUUCUUUCUUUUUUAAAGCUAUUUAUUUGGAAGAUUUCUGGAGAAAUAUCUCACUAAUUUAGAUUUAAGAAUGUGAAGGUUUUUAAAUUAUUUUUGAUAGUGCGUGUGUUACACGUGGAGAAGAGCCACGGUAACAGUAACUAGUCUGGACUCUUAAAUUUGCUAUUCAGGUUAAAGUCUUAAACAGGGAUUUGAUGCAUUAAUUAUUUUAAAUUAAGAUGUAUAUGAAAAUCAUUUUAUUUUAUAUAAUUCAUGUGUUUUUUAUAAGCUAUUAGCUUCGCUUUUGCUAACAUCCAAGGUGCAUACUGUUAUCCAGGUCGAUUACCUAUAUCCCACCUUCCCUCUGCACUCCCCAUCAUUUCAUAACGACACAAGACUCUUCUCUUUGCAGGGAAAUACUUUCAUAGCCAAUGUGUAAGAACUACAUAGAAGACCCCACAUGUCUCAUUUCACUUGACAUUGCAAUUUUCUUCUAAACAGAAAAAUAGGCUUCUUGCAUUUUCAUUUUUUGCUGAUGAUAUCUGGGUCCCAAAGAGUACAGCUUUAAUAUCUUUUUCCUACUUGUGGGAAAAGUAUUAUAAGUUUGGUUAAAUUGUCAUGUUUGUAGUUUUUCAAAUACAUUUGUAACUACAGAGGGCCUUCUUCGUACUACUGGUGUUGGGAGGGCAGGACCAACACCUGCCACAGAGGUUAUAUUUUAUGACGCUUUUAUUCUGUAUACCUAAUUUGUUGGAAAAUAUGAAAUAUGGUUUGACUUAGAAUAUUCAAAUCUGCGUAAUAAGCCGUAAUAUAAUAAGACUAUACUAUAUUAAGUUGUAUAGAAGCAAGCAUGUUGGAGUAGAUGGUUUGAGUGUGUGUGUGUGUGUGUGUGUGUUUAGUUUUUUAUUUCUUAACCUUCUAAAGAAUUAUUUAAGAUACGGAUUUGGAGUAAAAUGGGUGCUUUUUGCAGUUUCUUCCGUCUGUCCUAACUUAACCAGUGCACAGUGAGGUUAAGGAUCUGGUUGAGCUUUAAGGAAUCAUUUCUCUCCUUUGUGCACAACUUUUACUAAGUGCCAGUUUUCAGUUGCUUGCAAUAGCUUAUAUUUUCCUUUUCCGCCCCCCCAUGACAUAAAAACAAGUGAUUUCUGCGGGGGGUGGGGCGGUGGAGAUAUUCCCAGUUCUGACAAUAGAGCAUUUUACAAGUUCCUACAAAGAAAAUAUAGGCAAAUUGGAUAAAAUUUAUUUUUAUGGAGAAGAAAUACGGCCAGAUUAUGGGUUUGUCUUUUUUUUUUUUUUUUAAACUCAGCAAGGUAGCAGGACUUUCCCUUCUGUAUUAAGUAUCACUUGAAGAGCUAAGAAAAAAAAGCCUAUACCAUUAUCUUUCAUGGUCACAUUCAAAUGUGUAUUUUCAAAGAGAAAUCUUUCUUACUCUGCCUCCGUUCCAGUAUUUCAUGGAAUAUAUAUGAAAUAUCUUACAAAUUAGCCUUUUUGGUCCAAGUGACUGGACCACUGUCUGGGUCUUAUCUGGGUGUCAGGAAGAAGAAUUUUUAUGGGAGUACUAAAGGUCUAUAAUAGGCCUACUUAAACUCUGUACGCUAUGCCAAAACUAGGUAGAGAUAGGUACAGUCAGUCAUUUGUUGGUCAUCAGAGCUCAAGAUGUCCAAAAUGUGGGUCUGCCUGUUUCUCCCACCUUCCCCACACAAUAUAUUGCUGUGAUGUUUUGGUUUUCUGUAGACACCAUUUUAGUGUUAAAAUACACAUGUUUUGGUGUUAGU